AAAACAUUGCACGUGGGAUUCGAGAUCUGACAGUUUCUAGUAAACAAGUUAGUGCCCACGGGACAUUCGGUGCGAUGGAAGAGUUAAGGGAAUUGCUCCAGUUUCUGGACUUGAAUCAAAGGUUGGAUUUGAAGGCAGUAGCACUGAGCCAUGUCUUAAGUCUCACAGGCUCUGCUGAGGGAAGGAAGCUCAUUUUGGAGUUUCCUGAAUUAAUGCAGGCGGUUGUGAAAUUGACAACGGACAAGACCCAUACAAUCGCGAAGGAUGCCACCCUAGCUCUGAUUAAUCUAACUGGCGACGAGUCUGGGGCAGUCACUUUGCACGAGGCUUGUCAAUCCUGUCCAGAGACCUCUGGAAUAAUCCCUUGGUCGCUGGAGCAAAUUGUUGACGAGAAGUCCAAGCUGGCGGAUCCGUGGUGUAUGGUGUUAAGCAAUUUAAGCCGAGCAGAGAGUUUGUCCACGAAAGUCCUAGACGAGAUCGACAAGGAUGAAAAAUUGAUUUUGUUGCUUGCAAACGCGUUUUCCAGGAUAGGAUAUAAUAAGGAAGCGAAGUUGCAUUAUAUUGCUUCGAUCUUUUGCAACUUGACCCAAUCCAGCCGUGGUCGCAAACUGCUUUGCGAAUCCAAACAUAAUCUGCUGCAGAAGCUGCUUCCCUUCAUCUCGUACCAAGAUAACAUCAUCAGGCGGGGAGGCAUCAUUGGCGUCCUGAAGAACAUCUGCUUCGACCCAGUCUAUCACGACAUUUUAUUGAAAGACCACGAUGGCAUCCUGUGCAGUUUGCUGACCCCUCUGGCUGGUCCGGAAGAGUUCACUGAAGAGGAGAACGAUAAGCUGCCAGUUGAAUUACAGUAUCUGGGCGAGGACAAACUACGUGAAGAAGAUCCUGAUUUACGGAAAAUGCUCUUAGAAUCCUUGUUACAAUUAUGUGCAACGAAAAAAUAUCGUGAAUUCUUACGAUCGAAGGGGACAUACGAAAUCUUACGUGAAUACCACAAAUGGGAGGCCAAGGUCGGCGGUGAUCGGGAGGCUCUUUUAGCAUGUGAAAAUGUUGUAGAUAUAUUGAUAAGGAAGGAGGAUGAAAUUGGUGUUGACAAUAUCAGGGAUGUUGACAUUCCAUCACAUUUGGGUGAAAAGUUUAUUGAAGAUGACAAAAACUUUAUUGAAGAUAAAUAAAAAGGGAAUAAAUGAA